UAAUUUUAUGCUUUUUGGUGAGAUUUUGCAUCAUGACUUAUUUGAAUUUGUGAAGAAGUAAUUCCAAUAAUAGGAUAUACAGAGGAACUCCACUACAAAACCGUUACAUCUCUCCUCUAUAAAACCCACCAAAUAGCACGAGUUUCUCACUAAGUUUGUUAGAGAGAGAAUUGAGGAGAGAGAAAGAGAAUUGAGAAGAAAGAAGCCAUGACGAAGCUGAUUGCCUCCUUCGUUGUUCUUGUGGCUGCUUUUCUGCUGUGCUCUGCAACUACCACAGGAAGGAUGACAAAUGAGGAUCCAAUGAGGCUAGAUUUGAUGAAAAAGGAGGAACCCAUGAUGAUGAGGCCACGUAUGAUGGACAAUGAUGCAUCCAUGAUGAUGAUGAUGCCAGACUUUAUGAGAAAAGAUACACACAUGAAGCCAAGGACGAUGAUGAUGGGAGAAUAUGAAGGCAUGAAGGCUAGACAUGCCACACUGGAUUUGAGUGAAUCAUGGUGCAUUGCUAGGCCCUGUGUUGAUGACUUUAGGCUGAGAAAUAACAUAGAUUAUGUUUGUCAAUCCAUAGCAAUGAAUUGCUCAGUGGUUGAGCAAGGAGGAAGCUGCUACUCUCCUGACAAUCUCCAGGCCCAUGCCUCAGUUGUAAUGAACCUUUACUACAAAGCCAAGGGCCAAGCCCCAGUCAACUGUGAUUUCUCCAAGUCUGGCAUAGUUGUCUAUGAAAAUCCAUCUUAUUUUGGGACCUGCAAUUUCGCAUGAUGGCUAGGCCGCUGGAUUAAUAAGGGGAAUGCAAGAGAGACUUUAUUAUACUAUUCAUAUGCUACAUGGAUCUCACAUUUCAUAUAUAUAUAUAUAUAUAUAUAUAUUUUUCAUAUUAAGUUUGUGAGGCCAAUAUUAUGUAUGUAAGGCCGUUAUUGGUCUGGUAUCUUCCAUCGGAAAACAGCUUACAGAGGAAGCUAUAAACAGAAAAAGUAUGGUUCGAACUUCACGUGGUAUUAAUCUUCCAUUUACACAUACCUCAAUAUGCCUAAGUCACAAAGCACAAGGAUGCAACACAAAUAAAUACUCAUGAUGCAUGCAAAUUGAGUCAUAUAUGUAUGCACAGUAUGCUGUUUGAUGCUCAAUAUAUGCAAACAUGGACACUCUUUGUAGUGUUUUUUUAAUAGUGUUGAUAAAAUAAAGGAAGAGUAUACAAUGAGACCAUUA